AUACGUUCGCCAAAAUACCUUCAAAUUCACGGUUGCGUAUUCUGUCAACCACCUCAGCACAGCUCACCUAGCUAUGCCUACAGUAUAGACAUCGGUGCGAAAUUAAGCCUUUUGCGACAAGAAAUCCCGCUCGUACUGUGCGCCUCGACCCCCGACCGACUCGCUUUGUCGCCGCGCGCAACAUCGUCGCAAACGCUUUUGACAAACGCAGCCGCCAACUGUCAUCUUCCAGCGAGGCAGCCACGACCGCGUCGCGCCUUCCUCGUCUAGUUCAAAUAGACGGACAUCGGUGCCACCUUUUCCCAUUAUGCCAGCUGCCAGCCAGCUGUAGCACUCUGCGACAAUGGCCGACAUGCGUCGACAGAACCUGAAUGGCCCCACCAACCGUAGCCUGCAAACGGAUAUCAAGGCCUCUAUUGUCCGCCCAUUCACACUUCAAGAAGCACUGCCAUACUCUCCUCAAACAUCAACUGUUCCUUUUGUACCAGAUAUCAUCCCAGACCCGAGUUUGGGCUCCGGCUCAGCAGCAAUUAGCGUCGCCAAUCUCUUCCCACGAGAUGAAUAUGAAAGUAUUAAUCAAGAAGGUCUAAGCCAAGGGCUAUCAUCGAAGAUGGUUAAGCAAGCAGCGGACUUUGUCCUCCAGGACGUGCGCUCCAGCCAUCGAACACACUAUAACUUCAGAAAAGUAUCAAAAGGUGUUAAUCUCAAUUCGCAACCGCUCCAGCACCGCCCGUCCCGAAAACUUACGCCAGUUGCCCAAGAGGUGCAUGAACGAGUGGAAGCAUACUUCAAACCAACGAAAGCGGCUAAAGCCAUCACACAAGAGAAGAAUAUAAAUGGCACCAAAAACGCACAAACACCAGAAAAGACACCAAAGGAUGCGAAGAAGAACACUUCCAAGAGUCCUGCAUCGAAGCAGAAACCAAAACCUACAAAUGUCGCUGUCCAUCAACCGCCCGCUAAACUUGAGAUUGGCUUACCAGUAAAAGCCGACUUCGAUCCUACUGCAUAUAUACCAGUUGAUGAUAUUGCCAAUAUUCCAGAUGCCUCAUCCGAAAGCCAUCCCGUAGGAUCCUCAGUCACUAUUCAGCAAUCAAAUAUUGCUACCGAAGAGUAUAUGCAAGUCGAGGAAACUGUUGACGCUCCUCACUAUUUGUCAUCGCGCAAAGAUGAAACUGCCAUUGCUGAAGUCGAACAAAAUUUAAUGGGAUCUGGCUUGGAUCAGAAGCAACGUGCAUCUGCCGCUCUAGAUGCCCUUGAAUCCUUGAUACGCAGCAUAUUCAGAGCUGUUGGUAAAGCGCUUGCGUUAGAGCAAGGAUUUGAGAAUCUUGUCAUUCGAGUAUCGGAUCAAGAUAUAAUCGUCAAUAGCUCAACUCAACAGAAGCUUCAUGGUGCCAUUCAGAAAGCUAUCGAGCUCAGCGUAUUUGACAAUGUCGCAAUUGAAGAUUUGUUGAAGCUUAUGAAAAUGAACGAGGUCAGCGUCAAGCGAGUAGAUGAGCUCAAUUUGCGCGCUGAUAAUUCUUGGAAUGAAGAAGCUACAGAAGCUUGGAUGCUGCAACUUGGAGACAUAGACAUGAGUCUAAAGGCGGCUCGAACAUGCCUGCGCAUGCUAACUGGUGGCCGAGAAGACAAGCAGCUAUAUUCCGAGUCCACAAUUUUGAAUUGUGUCAACGUCGCCAAGCUCAUUACUGAAGAUAUAAUAUCUCCCUUGGUUGAACUCCGAACUGUUGGUCAAGGCGCAAAUCUUUUCAAAAUACUCGCGAAGCACAGAAAGGUAUUAUCCCCAGUCUUUGUCUCCUGCCAAAAGCUCCUCGCAGUUAUUGCUGAAGUUAUUUCGAGCGUUGAGCUAUCAGAAACAGCCAUCAAUACUCUAGAGUACAUGGCCUCGAAACUCAUAUUUGUCGAAAACGCAUACGUCGAGCGAGAAUCCGUCGUCGGCGUUCAGAAGUUUGACGGUAUUCGCUCAUCUGCUAUGGAUAUACUCUGCCAAAUCUUUUUAUCGAAACUCGAUCAAAGACAGGGAAUCAUCAAUGAUAUAUUAACCUCGUUGGAGAAGCUUCCUGUUGGCAAGCUUAGCUCGAGGCAGUUCAAAUUAGCCGAUGGUGGAAGUAUCCAGCCGAUAUCCGCUCUUCUCAUGCGACUUAUUCAAGCCAGCUCAGGCCAAAUCAGCCGUAACAGUGUUCGAAGAGAAACCAUUCUGGAGGGUAUUGCUGGGGAUGACCAAGAAGGUAUCGAUGGCCGAGUAACCGCGACAUCAUCACUAAUAUCCGAAGAACAAGCCUCCCAGCAGCAUGCCAUUGCAAUUCAAGAACUUGACGCAGCCGCAACACCUCUUGUAGAUACUGCUACCAGAAACGCAUCACUUAUUAUAAACUUUAUCGUUACGCGAGCAGCCGGGGCUACGAAGACAGGCGAUACCCCAUACCGAAAUCUACUCGACUUGUUUGUGGAGGACUUUACAACCUGCUUGGAUUCGCCUGACUGGCCAGCUGCGGAGCUCUUGCUACGACUUCUCAUGCUCAUGAUGGUGCAAUUAUUUGAAGCCCCCAAAACUGCAGUUCCUACCAAGAACAUGGCCCUGGAGCUCUUAGGAACUAUGAGCGCUGCCAUCUCUAGAUUGCGGUCUCAUGUUAAGCGCACCGCUACUUCGUUUGAAGGGGGCGAGUCUGAUGACGUUUCGCGAUAUUUAGCAGAUCUCGCCAUUCAGGUGCUCGAACGGAAAGCACCGGCGGAGCAAAUCGUUGAUUGGGCUGGGCCAUUUCGCACCAGUCUUGAAUAUGUGCAAGAGCGUUGCAAAGAAGAUGCACAUCUGUCGAACGCAAUGUCGUUUAUUGUCGCCGAUUGGGCUUAUAAAACCCAGGCUUGCUACGAUGCUCGUGAAUAUGAUGACCCUGAUCGUGACCCUGCGUUGGGGUUGUUAGCUUACCGCCUACGAAGGAUGAUUGACGACAAGACAUGGCUUUCCAACGAGUUCACCUUCAAGAAGAUCACGUCAAACCAAGCGAAAUUUUCAUUUUCGAUUUUGCUUCUGAAAUCCCCGCUUUGCGAAUCUUUUGCUAAGAUUCUUAACAUUCUAUUGGCCUCGAUGGCAAGUGACCAAGCAACAGUUCGCAGCAAAAGCUUAAAAAGCAUCAACCAAGUGCUGGAGACGGACCCGUCCAUUUUGGACGGAGACUCAAGCGUGAUCCAGCUGAUCCUUGAAUGCGCCAGUGACUCAUCUACGCAAGUUCGAGAUUCUGCUCUGGGCUUGCUGGGAAACUGCAUAGGGAUGCGGCCAGCGCUUGAGCCCAGUCUUACUCCGAAAAUCAUUGACCGCUUUCAAGAUGCUGGAGUGGGAGUUCGCAAACGAGCUAUGAAGCUUGCGCGUGAUAUAUAUCUUCGGAAUAGAAACAAGUCUAUCCGAAGCGCCAUCGCCAGUGGCCUAUUACGCCGAAUUCAGGAUCCUGAUGAAGGUGUCCGAGAACUUGCAAAACAAAUGAUUGAGGAGAUCUGGUUUGUACCGUUUUACACAAAUGACGGGUCACUCGCCUACCAAACGGCCAUUACGGAGCAUGUUGCCCUUGUUAUUCAGACUGUGAAGACUGGCACCGUCACUGAAAUCCUUGACAAGGUCUUCCAGACGAUUUUGCGACCAAACAAUAACAACAAAUCUCCAGAAGGACCUUUUAAUGUCUGUUCGAAACUGGUUGGAGAUAUGUUUGGGUUGAUUGACAAUCCGGAAUCGGAAGACGGCCUUGCACCAUCGGGCCCAGAUGCCUUGCAAGUUUUAACCAUUUUUGCGAAGGCCGAUGCCAAGUUAUUCAACUUUGAACAAGUCCGACUCUUGAAACCUCAGUUAGCCAGCUUUACUGGGGCAGAGGAGCUUGGAUCGUUUCGGGCCGUCACAGUGAUCUAUAAGCUUGUGCUUCCACAGCUUUCGACUGUGAACUCGAGUUUUCUUUCCGAGGUUCGCCUGCAGCUACUCAAAGGUAUUGGCAAGAUUUCGUCUCGCGGUGCACUGGAUGAUCUUAUUGCUUGUGCCAAGGUUGUAUGUGACUUGCUGAAUGAUAUCGGCCCUCUGGCUAAUUUAGUAGCCUCAGCCUUGGCAGGUAUACAAAAGCUCGGAACUCAAAUGGAUGCCAAACGGCUGAGCCUGUUGUCUGCAUAUGCCAUCAUUGUGGGAAGCGUUGCGAAGCACUGUGAUCUUGACAAACAAAUCAAACUUUUCAAAGCAAAAUUUGCAAACUGGAAAGGAGAUUCUGUGCCAAGGCUGAUUGUUGAUAUUUUAUCCCCUUACACUGGAUCGCAACAACCUCUUGAAGCACGCAAGGCUUCCCUUGAAGCGAUUGGGCUGGUUUGUCAGUCAUGGCCACGGAAUUAUGCUCUUGCCAAAGUAUACACGGCAUUUCAACAAGUUUUUCAAGAACGGAUACCCGCAUUGGAGACUAUGAUUCUUCGAUCAUUCAAAGAAUUCUUGGUAGGCGAAGAGCGCCGAUCCGAAAUGUCUGCUGUAGCAGACACGGGUUCUAAGAAGAAGGAGUUGACGGUCAUGGGAGGUACCAACUUUGACGAUGUGGCUAGUGCCACAACCCAGCGAUUUUUGCAAGACAUUACGCGAAUUGCAUUAAGCAGUCAGGAUGACACUGCAUACCUCGCAAUGGAGGUGUUGGGAAGCAUCAACAGACAAGGUCUAACCCAUCCAAAAGAGACUGGCGUCACACUCAUUACCUUGGAAACAUCUGCGAACAAGAAAAUUGCAGAGCUUGCUUAUCUGGAACACCGAUCCCUGCACGAAAAGCACGAAACUGUGCUAGAGCGAGAGUAUGUGAAAGCUGUACAAGCUGCCUACAACUACCAGCGAGACAUUGUGCAAGAUUGUCAUGGAGCUACGACCGAACCGUUUCAAGCCAAGCUACAUAUGCUUAUCGACGUUCUGAAAAUCAGCAAGAUGAAGAACAGACAGCGCUUUCUAGAAAAGUUGUGUGGGCAGGUCGAUUUUGAACUUUCGAGGCUGAACGUCUCUGCUCCCAUACCGGCACACGUAACUUAUGCUCGCUUUAUUGUUGAGAACCUGGCAUAUCUGGAAUAUCAGACCGUUGGUGAAAUACAGACUACGGUUAACACGCUGGAGAAAAUCGUUACAACCACUGGCGCAAUUCUGGCGCAAGCGAUUGAAUCCGAGCUGUUCAAUGUGACGAUGGAUGCCGAAGGUGAAGAUGCUGAAGGCGAGGAUGCCGAUGCCGAAGGUGAGGACGUUAUUCCAGAAGCAGGUCUCGGCGGCGAUGCAACAGCUGCCGCUAUUCCAGCACCAGCACCGCUUCUGGGAGCCGGACUCGAUCCAAAGCGAUUCAAGCAACUGACUGCCGCUUGUAUGGUCCUGCUUUUCGUUUGGGACGUACGGACUUAUUUGCGCCGUAUUUACGGCAUGGGCACCAGCCGUCACGACAGCAAGGCUAAGGCUGUCGCAAAGGAUCUGAACAAAACACCAGUUAAGGUUCAAGGAAUUCAUGGAGAUCGCGUAUGGGAGGAAAUAGCCGGACACUCCACGGGGCUUGAAUCGCCGGAAAAGAUGGGUGCAACAUGCCGGGCGUUUGUCGAAUUGAUGAAUAUCGAUAAGGAGUUCAAGGUAGCCAAAGAGGAUGAGAUAGGAAUGGAAGGUCCAGCAACACCAAGUGAAGCUGGCUCGGACGAUAAUGACGACGAUGGCGAGCUAGCUGACCGCGGUCGCAAGAGAAAAGCGGCAGGUACGCCAGGCGGCCGUAAGAAGCGAGCCCGAUCUGGAUCGAGGAGACGAGAUGAAGUAGUGGAAGGGGAAUGGGCCUGAAUUUCAAACUGAAUGCAUUGGGUUGGGCACGUGGUAUGCAUCUCUGACGAGGCAUAGGUGGCUAUCCGAAAAGCAACACGGGAAAUAUAUUGGGCAACUUUUAAAGUGCGAUUUCAGGCACAGACAGCCACAGGGAACAAGGGCGUUUACGGGUACGGCGCAUCAGGGAGCAGGGCACAAGCGGCGAAGAGCAGCUUGUGCUUGGAGACGGAGAGAUUUGACAUUUAACAAUUGGCUUUUUAUUUUCUUGUUCUUCAUUGGCACAUUUUUUACGACUUUACUUUAGAUAUACAUUAUGUUGCCCCCUCAGGCAGGGUUUACUGGGUCGGGACGGGAGCUUUCCUUCCUUGCCUACUAAUGGAGCGCAUUGAGCUUGCAGCCUUGGAGGCCACUAGAUAUGAGAUACGUCGCUACAUAUUGCAAUUUUCCUGUAUUUUGCUUUAUCCGAGACGCAGCGGUGUGAGGAUGGUACGUUUCAUGCUGUGUUUGUAUCGCACAAACCAAGGUUUUGCUUUCGCACAAGCAGCAGCAAGAAUGAUGAUGUCAAUGAUGAAAUGUCUGUUUACGAAGUACCUGUAGGCCCAAAAAG